AUGGCUAGGGCACCAGGAGCACCAGUUGCACUUGGGUUGUUGGGCCUGUGCUGGUCACUGGCUACCGCCAGUCCUCUUCCUCCGACCAGUGCCCCUGGCAACGUUGCUGAAAAUGGUAUUGGAACCAAGCCAGGCUCAGAUGCAAUCGAACCCUGCUCAGAUGGCUGGAGCUUUGAUGCUACCACCCUGGAUGACAAUGGAACCAUGCUGUUUUUUAAAGGGGAGUUCGUGUGGAAGAUUCACACGCGGACCCGGAAGUUAAUCUCAGAGAGGUGGAAGAAUUUCACUGGCCCUGUGGAUGCUGCAUUCCGCCGUGGUCAUGACAGUGUCUUCCUGAUCAAGGGGGACAAAGUCUGGGUAUACCCUCCUGAAAAAGAGAAGGGAUAUACAAAGUCACUCCAAGAAGAAUUUCCUGGAAUCCCAUUCCCACUGGAUGCAGCUGUGGAAUGUCACCGUGGAGAAUGCCAAGAUGAAGGCAUCCUCUUCUUCCAAGGUAAUCGCAAGUGGUUCUGGGACUUGGCUACGAGAGUGGGAAAGGAGCGUUCUUGGACAGCUGUUGGGAACUGCUCUUCUGCCCUGCGAUGGCUCGGCCGCUACUACUGCUUCCAGGGUAACCAAUUCCUGCGCUUCGACCCUGUCACGGGAGUGGUACCUCCCGUGUACCCUCGGGAUGUCCGAGAUUACUUCGUGCUCUGCCCUGGCAGAGGCCAUGGUCAUCGACACAGGAAUGGGACCCAUCAUGGGAAUGGUACCCACCAAAGCCCUGAGUAUAUGCGCUGUAGCCCAGAUCUAGUCUUGUCUGCAUUGGUGUCUGACCACCAUGGUGCCACCUAUGCCUUCAGUGGGUCCCACUAUUGGCGUCUGGACACCAGCCGGGAUGGGUGGCAUAGCUGGCCCAUUGCUCACCAGUGGCCCGAGGGUCCUUCAACGGUGGAUGCUGCCUUCUCCUGGGAUAAUAAACUCUAUCUGCUCCAGGGCACCCAGGUAUAUGUCUUCCUGGCAAAGGGGGGCUAUACCCUAGUAAGUGGUUAUCCAAAGCGGCUGGACAAGGAACUCGGGAGCCCACCUGAGAUCAAAGUUGAGAUGGUGGAUGCAGCCUUUACCUGUCCUGGGUCUUCUCGGCUCCACGUCAUCGCAGGACAGCAGCUAUGGUGGUUGGACCUGAAUUUAGGAGCUCAAGCCACAUGGAUGGAGCUUCCAUGGCCCCAUAAGAAGGUUGAUGGGGCCCUGUGUAUGGAAAAUUCCCUCAGCCUCCACUCGUGUUCCACCAGUGGUCCCAGCUUGUACCUCGUCCAUGGCCCUAAUGUAUACUGCUACAGUGAUGUGGAAAAACUGAGUGAGGCCAAUAUCCUUCCCCAGCCCCAGACAGUGGCCAGCCUCCUGGGCUGCAGUCACUGAGGGGCCUUCUGACAUGAGUCUGGACCACCCUUCCAUCCCCCCCAGUUUCCUCACAAUAAAGCCAGAUUGCUUCUUCACUU